AUGUGGACAGUAACAAUUCCUGCCAGGACACUGACGUUUGUGUUAUUGUUUAUGUUGUUGAGUGGGGUACUCUGCACGAUUCGUCAUACACGAUCUUACGACUUGCUACCCGAGUACGAUACAUUUAUACAAGGACUCCACGAAGACCGGUACAGGCUCGAUUAUAUCGAACUCGGCAAGUUGGAUGGCAUAAAAAGUCGAAUUCUACUGAAGUUCAACGUCAGCGACUUUUAUCGCCAAGCGUCUUGGUCCAAUUUGCACUCCGUGAAAACCCGCACGAGUGUGGUUAAAAGCGCGACGUUGAAACUGUUUUGCGUCAACGUGAUAACAUCGGCGAAUGAAAACAGGGAAGACCAUGUAUUCAGUGACAAUGUUAACAUCGCAAGUAUUUUAGUGCCAUGGGAUGUAUAUAACGUUACAAGCCUAUGGAGGUCUACGUCCGAUCGUUGGUCCCAACCGUACUUAGGAACGGUGUUCAAUGACGCGACGGCGCCUUUCGAAACCGUGUACGUCGAAGUCGAUUACACCACUUGUCAAAGUUCUGAUAAUGUCGCAACCGUUUCACUCUCAGUGACACAACUGUUCAAAGAAUGGCUAGACAAUCCGGAAAAUAAUUUUGGCGUUUUGCUCUGGGCCGACGACGACGAUAAUGACAUCGGAGUUCUCAAGCUUGCUUCGUCGGAACAUGCUUUCAUUCAUAAACACCCAACACUGAAGAUCGUCGUCGAAGAUACCAUUAUUAACGAAACAGGUAGUUGUUCAGGAAGUGAAUUUUACUGUCUUGAAGGACGAUGCAUUGAUAACGACAAAGUAUGUAAUUUCAUUACUGAUUGUCUGUACGACAGUGAUGAAGCACUGUGUGGUUCCGAUUGUAACUUUGAAAACACCACCUGCAAUUGGGAGAUGCCAUUAUCUGAGCUGGGGGUAGUAGGUUGGAGGAUGGCGAAAGCGAUGGACAUGGUCCCGUAUAGUGCGCCUAGCACAGAUUACUCUGAGGGGAGCCUUGAAGGUCAUUAUGCGGUAUUGAGUUCAUCUUUGAUCCAGAACUCCACCAUAGCGCAUGUUAUCAGUCCCAAUUACACACAAAGCGGGCCACAGUGUAUAUUACAGUUCUAUUACCAAUUCAGUGGUGAGGCGGCUGUUGAUUUCAGAGUAUAUGUUAGAAUGCCCAGCAAAAAAGAUGUGUUAUUGUGGAGCUUUGAUACAGAAUCAGGAACCAGCUGGCAAGAGAAACUGAUCAGACUUGGAAGAAUCUCUGAACCAUUUAGUAUCGUGUUUGAGGGCACUGUUUUUAAACAGGAUGGUACAGAAGGUUAUAUCGCUUUAGAUUCUGUGUCAUUCCAAUAUUGCUCCCCAGUUUUACCAAGAUUAACGUGUUCUACAGAUGAAAUGAUGUGCAGUAGCAAUGACGUCUGCUUUAAUACAAAUCAACUUUGUGAUUACCAGGAUGACUGCUUAUUCGGUGACGAUGAAAAACAUGAAGCUUGCUCCCUUGUUCCUUAUGGGUCUCGAUGUAAUUUUGAAGACAACAGCACUUGCGGGUGGCACAACGUGUUAGAAGGCGAUCAGUUUAAUUGGACUCGAAAUCGUGGCCCUACACGGACAAGUAAAACUGGACCAAGUGUUGAUCACACCAUGGGAACAGCAGAAGGCUAUUACAUGUACAUUGAGACUUCUCAGAUUGCAAACAAUUAUAAAGCUUUGUUUCAUAGUCCAAUCUUUCCCCCUCCUCCUCCUGCAACUAGAACAUUUGGUGGAGAAUAUUAUCAGCGUUGCCAGUUACGUUUCUGGUAUCACAUAUAUGGUCAAAGGCUGGGUAUACUGAAGGUUUAUGUGAUACAGGAUGAAUCAGUUGGCCAGCUGUUUGAAUCACCACGUUGGAUCAACUCAGAUAUGUGGGUCAAUGCAGUUGUUCCUCUGCCUGAAAGUGUAACAAAUCGGUACUUAAUAGAAUUUGAAGGAUCCCGGGGCUUGAGUUACCUUGGUGAUAUUGCUAUUGAUGAUGUUUCACUGAGCCCUGAGUGUUUCGAUAUCUGGCCAAGUGAAAUGACAACAACGUUACAGCCAACAAAUACAGCCCCUCCUGUCACCACUAAUCUAAAUAUAAACACAACUACCAGUACAUACGAUGCAGCAACUCCAAAGAACUUUCGACUGAGUUCAACUCAUUCGGUUACUACCGAUGUCUCAAGUAAUAUUACAGACUUCUCGUUCACCACAUGUAACAAUUUAGGUCGUUCUGGGCCGACUCAGAUGCAAUGUGACGCAGCUUAUUCCUACACUCAUACUUCUGUUGUUGUGUUAGAAGACGAUGACACUAUGAAAGGUGUUCAGGUGUGGACGGUUCCCGUAUCAGCUUUUUACAGCAUUAAGGCUGAAGGUGCCAGUGGUGGUAGUGGGGUGGAGAAUUCAGGUCCAUCUAAAGGCGCUAUGGUGGAGGCAGUUUUCCACUUUAACACUGGUGAACAAAUAUAUCUGUUGGUUGGCCAGGAGGGACAGAGUGCUUGUGAAACUGUGCCUACCUUAGGUAAAGAAUAUUGUACAGGGACUGUCACUGAUGAAGAAAGAAGUGACUUGGGGCCACAGGGUCGAUCAGCUGGAGGUGGAGGAGGAGGUGGAGGCGCUACGUUUGUUUUCCAGAUAAACAACACCAGUUAUGACGCUAUACCAUUGUUGGUAGCGGGAGGGGGUGGUGGUUUGGCAUUCAGUCAAUCUCCUGCUUUACAUGAUGUUCAUGGAAAAACCGCUAUGUAUCCUGGUAAUGGAACAAAUGGUUUAUCCUCUAGUCUGUCAGCAAAUGAUGUUCCAGGUAGUGGUGGUGGAUGGAACGACAGCACUCCUGCCGGACCUGACGGUAAAUCUCUGCUUGAAGGUGGUGAAGGAGGAGACGGGUGUGAAUUAGCAUACAAGGAGCUGAGAUGGAAAACUCAAGGGGGAUUUGGAGGAGGAGGUGGGGCAUGCUCCUCAGGAGGUGGAGGGGGCGGUUAUUCAGGUGGAUACGCCGCAAUGAGGAAAACCUUAGAUAACAACGGUCAAGGUGGAACGUCGAUAAUCCAUCCAUCGGCAGUGUAUUCGUCUCAGGAAGCAGGACAGAACAUAGGACAUGGCUCUGUGUUCAUCAUGAGAGUGAUUGAAUGCCAUGGCGAUGAAGUUUUAUCUGAUGACAGAAAAUCCUGCAUUAUUCCUAACAGUGAAGCAAAACUGCUUUCCAUCCCUCUGACUGCAGGUAUUGCUGCAGGUGCCAUAUUUCUGGUCGUAGUUCUUAUAUUGAUGGUAUCCCUGUUAGUAAUGACGAUGCACAAGAAAAAAAGACAAAAGAUGCAAAUCACGAAAUUCCAGGAUAUGACUGAAUACCAACUUGCAAAGUUAAGAAAGGAUGCGGCCAUUGAUUUCAAUCCAAACUACGAAUUAGGUGAUGGUAUAGCCAAGUUAGAUGAUCUCAACGAAGUGCCUCGAGAACAUUUAGAACUUAUUAGUGCCUUAGGACAUGGUGCAUUUGGUGAAGUUUAUGAAGGUUCAUUUAUUCUGCCAGAUUCUGGUGAAAAAAUAAAAGUUGCAGUGAAGACUCUUCCAGAGAACAGUACAAAGCAAGACGAGAUAGAGUUCCUGAUGGAAGCCUUGAUCUUAACGAAGUUUAACCAUCCUAACAUUGUUAAGUGUGUAGGGGUAUGUUUUCUGCAAGUACCACGGUUUAUUAUACUAGAACUCAUGAGGGGAGGGGAACUCAAAGAUUUCCUUCGAGAAUUUAGACCAAUUAAGGAGAAACCUUCAACUUUAAAAAUAAUUGAUUUGUUAUACAUCGCCAUGGAUAUCGCUAAAGGAUGCGACUAUUUGGAAACAAGUCGAUUCAUACAUAGAGAUAUUGCAGCGAGGAACAUCUUACUCACAACUAAAGAAGCCGACAGAGUUGCAAAGAUCGGGGAUUUUGGAAUGGCUAGAGAUAUAUACAAAAGUGACUAUUACCGUAAAGGUGGUAAAGCUAUGUUGCCUGUGAAAUGGAUGCCUCCUGAAGCUUAUUUAGAUGGCAUAUUUACAUCUAAAGCUGAUGUCUGGGCAUUUGGUGUGUUGCUAUGGGAGAUUAUGUCACUUGGUUACAUGCCGUAUCCAGGGAUGAGUAACCAGGAAGUGAUGCAGUAUGUUGCCCAGGGUGAGCGAAUGCAUCCUCCAAGGAAUUGUCCUAUGCCUGUUUAUCGCAUCAUGACUCAGUGUUGGCAACAGUACCCUGAAGACAGACCUAGCUUCAGUACAAUCAAAGAAAGACUUGGUUAUUGCGUACAGGAUCCAGAUGUUCUAUCUACACCACUGCCAGUAUGUCCAAUUGCUGAUGAUAGGAACAAAGCUAGAAGACCCAUUAUUAGACCUAGGAAUGUAACAAGUUCAAUGCACGUGAUCGAUUCCCAUGAAAUUAAAAACUUUUCCCAGCCCAGUACGGCUACUCCAAGUCUUAACUCUAGUCUCAACUCUUUGUCAGAUAUACGUUUUGUACCAUAUUUAGAUGAUCAGUUAAGGGAAGUAGACAAUAGAAAACCCUCUGAGGAGCCAUGUAACAGUUCUUUCAAUUCUACUGAUGUUGCUACAGUAAAUAAAUCUUUGGAUCCUGAACCAGAUUCCAGAGAUUCAAGCUUCAAUUUGCUGAAUGUUCCGGCAAAAAAAAACAUGAUUGAUGGGGACUCUGAAGUCUCCGGGAAUGAAGAGACAGAUUUACUCUCUCCUGAGAGAAGAAACUCUAAAAAUCACACUAGUGACCUCCCCACAGUUAAUGGAGAAACUGAUCCAGCUUUAGAGAGUGACACACACAGCCUGAGUAAUGUAUCAGAUUCGUCGGAUGUAGAUGGCUCGCCAAAAAGGAAACUGUUCUGUGUUAAAAAAGACAGCGGAGUUGUGAUGAUGUUUGAUAAGGAUGCUUCCGGUUGUCAAGUUUGA